AUGGGGGCAACCAGUCGAUUCAAGGCCGAAGGCUCUCGGCACACGAUUCCGUUAGGUAGGGUUCAGGUUGUUGAUGAUGACAUAAGUAGAAGUCUACUGGGCAGAAUAUCAUUUAAAUAAGUUGCAGUAGCUAGUGUAAUGGGUACUUUUCUUCGACUUGUUCAAAUGUGUAAACUUUCGGUUUAGAAGCCCAACUUCUCGCUGCAUCGUGCGGUUUUGUAGCCUUGGUUCUGGCUUCAGCUAUCUUCAUAGCAAUCCGUAGACAACGUGAACGCCGCACAUCCCGUGACUUCUCGCCGCUGAUUAAGAAUGGCUCGGUCAAGCCCAGCUACUUCAAAGGAGAACGCCUCAGUGAUCACAGUGGCCACAGUAUGUCGCCGAUCCAAAGCCCGGGCUCCGGAUCUUCGGCUUCACCUCAAUGUACUCCGAUGACCCCGUACUCUUCGUUUGCUACACAAGAUGUGCUGAUUGCCAACAAACACUCCAAUAACAAUGACGACGACCGUGGCUCCAUUUCUUUGAGCAUGAACUACGAUAGACACAGUAACAUUCUCCAGGUAAAUAAUACGCAUUACUGUGGUUUUCGAAACUGUAAAGAACAGUAGUUAUAAAGAUGAAUGUAAAUACCCAUUAACUUUUUUCCGUUUGAAAUAUUAUGGUAAUCACGCGACAUUAUUUUUAGCUCUCCAUUCUCGCGUGCCACAAUCUUCCGAAUCUGGUGAACGAAGUCGGACAAUGUACCCUCAACUCGUAUGUGAAGCUCCGAAUUCUGCCUGACAACCAGCACCGCGUCAAGACCCGCGUCCUCCGCGGCACCCAGAAUCCGUUUUACGAUGAGCAAUUUACCCUUUACAACAUUACCCCAGUGAAGUUGGACUCGUUCUCUAUCCAUCUGGCCGUGCUGGCUUCUGACCCCUACAGUCGUGACGUCGUGCUGGGUGAAGUGUUCUACAGUCUCCGAGAUGCCAAUCUCAGCAAAUCCAGCGACAAACAGAAUGUCGACUUAAAGUUGUCUCCACGACCUUCCUACAUCGACGUGAACUCCCAAGUCCUCGUCUCCAUGGCCUACAACUCCCACUCGAAUAACAUCAACUUGGCCAUCUUAAAGAUGAAAGAUCUCCCCACGUUCAAUGGUGUUGGCCAAAUAGGUAAGUGAAGCGGAACAGAUACAAUUGACAUGUGGCUAUUCUUAUAUUUAAACGAAUUAAAGUUGUUAUAAAUUAAUCCUUUCCUCAUUUCGCUAUAACGUUCGCGCACUUCAGAUGCCUAUGCCAAAGUUUAUCUGCUCCUGGACGGCCAGCGUGUGGCCAAGCAGAAGAGUCAUGUGAAGAAGAAGAGCGUGGAGCCGGUCUUCAACGAGUCCUUCUCAUUUGACAUUCCCUCAAUUAACGGCCAAAGCGCCAACCGUCUCAAAUCCACCGAAGAGAUGUUGUCGUCGCUGUCCUUUGAGGUAUUGGUCCUGAAUCACGAUGGAGUGACCCGGAACGAGAUCGUCGGUCAAUGCUUCAUUCUGCCACGCUCGGAACACUGGAAGGCGAUGGUGGAGAGCAACGGCCAACAAGUGGCCGAAUGGCACAAGAUCAACUCAAUCUAA